AGAGAAGGACUUGCAAUGGUCUCACUGAGGAAGCCGAGCGCCUCCCCGCCGAUGAUGUAUGAGAUGGAGCGGCCCCAGGACGCUCUCUCGGUUGUCUGCAGUGUUGGCAGCUGCUGUGAGCAGAUGAUGACGAGGGGGGAAGUGUAUGAAAGCCGGUGUCUGGCAGUGUUGCAGAGCAGAAAGACUCCACGCAGGCUGUGCCGGAGAGUGGCGGGGUGGGGGGUGCAGGCUGGCGAUAAAAGGGAGGCCAGUUCCCCGCAGGUUGCUAUCCAGCGGAACUUGCCGUCUAAUGAGGCAGGGAUGAUGGGCUGCUUUUCUGGCGCUCAGGGUCGCGAACGUUUUGGUGAGCAGAACGGUUGCUGCCGAGGAGUGAAUUGCUUGGCCUACGAUGAAGCCAUCAUGGCCCAACAGGACCGCAUUCAGCAGGAGAUUGCUGUCCAAAACCCCCUCGUCUCGGAAAGGAUGGAAUUGACAGUUCUGUACAAAGAAUACGCAGAUGACGACCACGUCUAUCAGCAGAAGAUCAAGGAUCUGCUAAAGAAGUAUUCGUACAUCCGGAAGACGAGGCCAGAUGGCAACUGCUUCUACCGGGCAUUUGGCUUCUCCCACCUGGAAGCUCUGCUGGAGGAUGGCAAGGAGCUGCAGCGCUUCAAAGAGGUGGCCGCCCAAAGCAAGGACGUGCUGGUUUCGCAAGGCUUCACGGAAUUCACCAUAGAGGAUUUCCACAACACGUUCAUGGACCUGAUCGAGCAGGUGGAGAAGCAGACCACGGUGCCGGAGCUGCUGGCCUCCUUCAACGACCAGAGCACCUCGGAUUACCUCGUGGUGUACCUGCGGCUGCUCACCUCGGGCUACUUGCAGCGCGAGAGCAAGUUUUUUGAGCACUUCAUCGAAGGAGGCCGCAACAUCAAGGAGUUCUGCCAGCAGGAGGUGGAGCCCAUGUGCAAGGAGAGCGACCACAUCCACAUCAUCGCGCUGGCCCAGGCCCUCCACGUCUCCAUCCUGGUGGAGUACAUGGACCGAGGCGAGGGCGGGGCCACCAACCCCCACAUCUUCCCCGAGGGCUCGGAGCCCAAAGUGUAUCUACUGUACAGACCGGGACACUACGACAUCCUGUAUAAAUAGGGAGGGGAGGGAGGCCACCUGGCUGGUGAGCCAAGCCCCCCCCGGCCCCCCACGUUCCCCGCCCGCCUGCCGGGCAGCGUCCUCGUCUUCUGUGGUUGUAAAUGGUGAUUGCUCGGGCUGCCGUCUCGCCUCCUCACUGGGUUGGUGGCUAUUAUAUUCCCCCCACCCCACCCGUUUUGUUGUUCCACUCACUCUUCUGUGUUUUAUUAAAGGGGAUGCUAGUGAAACGGU